UGGUGAGGACGAUGGAGGAAAACUUUUUACUCCUGAAGAAUAUGAAGAAUACAAAAAGAAAGUUUUACCUAUGCGCUUACAGAACAGGUUAUUUGUGAGCUGGCGAUCACCAACAGGAAUGGAUUGUAAACUCGUUGGCCCGGAGACACUGUGUUUUUGUACACAUAGGUAUAAGCAACAUAAAACUGACUUUGAAACAAUUCCAUAGCAGCGCCCUAUUGAUCUGCCUUGCCAAGUGAUUGGCUGCCAGUGCAGGGCUUACCUUUUCGUGCCUUUGAAUGGCACGCAGCCUGUUCGCUGCAGAUGCAAGCACUUUGCUGAUCAACACAGCCCUGCACCUGGUUUUACAUGCAAUGCAUGUUCCAAGUGUUCAGGAUUCCAUAGCUCUUUCACGUGUGCUUGUGGUCAGCCUGCAUAUGCCCAUGACACAGUCGUGGAAACAAAGCAAGAAAGAAUGGCUCAGGGAAAACCAGUGGGACGGGAUGUUCCUUAUGCAGCAAUGGGAGGAUUAACUGGUUUCAGCUCACUGGCAGAAGGCUACAUGCGAUUAGAUGACAGUGGGAUCGGUGCACCUUCAGUUGAAUUUUUAAAUUCCCCACUUACAGCCAUGGACCACCCAUUUCUAAAAGCAUUGCAAGGACCAUCUAGUUCUUCUCCAGAAACACUAACAAAUGUUGGCACAAGUAGUCAAGAUUCUUCCUUAAGGAGACCUGAUGAGGAUGACAUGGCUUUCUUUGAAAGGCGAUAUCAGGAAAGGGUAAAAAUGGAAAAGGCAGCUAAGAUGAAAGGAAAAUCUCCGUUGCCGUCAACUACAAAACCUUCGUGAAGGCUGUUGGACAGCUUAAAACCAUCAUGCAAAUACGUC